UGCCGGCCGGCCGGGGGCGGGGCGCGCGGCCCGAAGUGAGGGACCCGGGGCCGGGCGCACAGCCUCGAGGGCGCGCGAGCCGGCCUGCGGGAGCCUCUGCGGGGCCAGAGCCGCGCGCAGAGCCGCCGCCGCCGCCCCGGCCCCCGGCCCCCGCCCCGCUCAGGCUCCGCGCCAGGAGGCGGCGGCCAGACCGAGCCUCUACCCGGCGAGCCGGGCGCUCCCGACGGCGACCUGCCCCGCACCGGGCCGCCAAGGAGAAGGGGAAGGACGCGGAGGAAGGACGGCCAUGGCACUGGACUUCCUGGCGGGCUGCGCGGGGGCUGCGUGAGCAGCAGGUGAGGAAGGGACAUCAGCAUUGACUUGGAUAGAUCCUGGCCUGACCUUGGGGAUGUCACCCUCACAUGCUCUCUCUCUCCUCCCCUCCCCCCAGCCAUGAGGAUUAAGGGGCUCCCGGAGGAACCCCGGAUCACAGCAGGUGUGGCAGGCGUGCUGGUGGGACACCCAUUUGACACGGUCAAGGUGAGGCUGCAGGUGCAGAGCCUGGAGAAGCCCCAGUACCGAGGCACCAUGCACUGCUUCCAGUCCAUCAUCAAGCAGGAGAGCGUGCUGGGCCUGUACAAGGGCCUGGGCUCGCCGCUCAUGGGGCUCACCUUCAUCAACGCGCUGGUGUUCGGCGUGCAGGGCAACACGCUGCGGGCGCUGGGCCAGGACUCGCCCCUGAACCAGUUCCUGGCGGGGGCGGCGGCGGGCGCCAUCCAGUGCGUCAUCUGCUGCCCCAUGGAGCUGGCCAAGACGCGGCUGCAGCUGCAGGACGUGGGCGCGGCGCGCACCUACCGCGGCUCGCUGGACUGCCUGGCGCAGAUCUACCGGCGCGAGGGCCUGCGCGGCGUGAACCGCGGCAUGGUGUCCACGCUGCUGCGCGAGACGCCCAGCUUCGGCGUCUACUUCCUCUCCUACGACCUGGGCACCCGCGCGCUGGGCUGCGAGCCGGGCGACGCGCUGCUGGUGCCCAAGCUGCUGCUGGCGGGCGGCACGUCGGGCAUCCUGUCCUGGCUCUCCACCUACCCCGUGGACGUGGUCAAGUCCCGGCUGCAGGCUGACGGCGUGCGGGGCGCCGCCCGCUACCGCGGCAUCGUGGACUGCGCGCGCCAGAGCUACCGCGCCGAGGGCUGGCGCGUCUUCACGCGCGGCCUCACCUCCACGCUGCUGCGCGCCUUCCCCGUCAACGCCGCCACCUUCGCCACCGUCACCAUCGUGCUCACCUACACGCGCGGCCCCGAGGACCCGGCCGAGGACGAGGGGGUGCCCGCUGCCGCCCCGGGGUCCGCGCUGGCCCAGCCCUCCAGCCUGUGACCGCCGCCCAUGGGCAGAGGCAUGGCCUCCCCUUUUCCUCACCCCGACAUCCGCAUCCAGGGGCCCCCCCUGCCCGGGCCGGGGGGGCGGGGACCCCAUCAGAUCUGG